GUGUUGUAUGUUUGCUUGAUUGACAGGUGUGUAUGCCCCUGGGUCUUCAUAGACUAUUUCCUGACAAUAACCUGCAACUCAUGGUGCAGUCUGGUGCCAAAGGUUCAACUGUUAAUACGAUGCAGAUUUCAUGCCUCCUUGGUCAGAUUGAACUAGAAGGAAAACGUCCUCCGCUGAUGCCAUCUGGGAAAUCAUUGCCCUGUUUCCAACCUUAUGAUUUCACUCCACGUUCAGGCGGCUUUGUUACUGGCCGAUUCCUCACUGGUAUCAGCCCUCCGGUAUGCAGAGAUAUAAUUCUUAAGAAGGAUUUUGGCAACACUUACCUUGCUGUCACGUUAAAAGAGCUUGUUUAGAGAAGUUCUGUUUCA